AUGGGGCAGAGUUUACUCAUGUUAGGGAAAGAGGACUUCUACUCCGACAUGAGUCUUAAUCAGCCAAAAAUAACGGUUGAUUCGAGCUUUGAGAGAAUCUUUGAGAAAGGUGGAGAUGGUGGUGCACCGUCAGAAUGUGACAACCAAUACCAUUCAGAUAAUAUACCUGUGGUGGCACUUUCAACUGGAUGGUACAACCAUGGGAAUAGAUGCUUAAACUUCAUAAAUAUCCAUGGAAACGGAAAGAGUGUUAAGGCCAUGGGAGUUGAUGAGUGUGACUCUACAAUGGGAUGUGAUUCUGAUCAUGAUUACCAACCUCCUUGUGGUAAUAAUGUUGUAGAUGCCUCAAAGGCAGUUUGGAAGGCCUUAGGAGUGCCUGAAAGCGACUGGGGUGAAAUGGACAUAUACUGGCCUGAUGCUUGA